AUGUCUGACUUUAAACAAGAGUAUAAAUUGAGGGAAGAAAAUGAAUUGCGCUUCGAAAUUGAAGGUAAAAAUCAGAUAGUGAAAAUAACUCUCAUUUCGGGUACUGCAGAGAUUUUCGGCACCGAAUUGGUAACCGACAGAACCUACGAAUUCCGUACCGGAGCAAAAAUCGCAGUGUUCACGUGGCAUGGUUGUGUCAUAGAAGUCAUUGGAAAACCUGAAGUAAUCUACGUGUCAGAGGAAACCCCGAUGAUUUCAUAUGUUAACUGUCACUUAGUGCUGGAAUCUAUGAGGUCUGCCUCCGAGUUGAACAAAAGAGGCCCUGUUGUCCUGGUCGUGGGACCCAAGAAAGUUGGAAAAUCUACGUUGUGUAGACUGUUGUGCAAUUAUGCUGUAAGGUCAUGUCGCAGGCCUCUGUACGUCGAUUUGGAUGUUUGCCAGAGCUCAAUAGGCGUUCCCGGAACGAUCGGAUGUCAACUCGUUGAAAGAGUUGCUGAUGUCAACGACGGUUUCUCCCAAGAGUCCACGUUGGUUUACAAUUUUGGACACAAAACCCCUGAAGCAAAUACUACUUUGUAUUCCCAAUUGGUGGAGCAACUAGCGAAAGAUGUCAACGAGAGACUGACGCGUGGUGCCAUGAAAAUCAGACAGUCAGGAGUUGUGAUAAACACAUGCGACUGGAUCAAAGGUGAUGGGUACUCUCAAUUACUGAACACCGCCAAAGCUUUUCGGGUUGAUGUCAUCAUGGUGCUGGACCAGGAAAGACUCUACUACACAUUGUUAAAGGAUUACUCCGGACUCGGUCAAGUCGUUCACCUCCAGAAGAGUUCGGGGAUAUCAUCUCGAUCCGAUGAGAUGAAAGACACAACACAUUCUUUGGUAAUGCGUCGCUACUUCUACGGAACACCUAAAAAUUCCAUGUUUCCCUAUACCAUCCGCUUGAAAUUCAGCGACGUAAAGAUGUUCAAAGUCGGGGACCAAACUUCGUCAAAUACAGAGGAUUUAACUAAAUUAAUUCCCCUUGCACCUGGUUACAAAGUGUGUUACCAUUUAUUUGCUGUGUCUUCAGCGAUGUUGGUAGCCGAGGACCUCACAACCAAACAUGUGCUUGGGUUUGUAUGUGUGAGUGAAGUUGAUGUCAAAAGGAAAACUUUGAGCAUACUCUCACCACAACCCGGACCAUUGCCCAGUAACAUUUUAUUAUUUUCGGAAUUUCAGUUUAUAGAUGACUGUUGA